CAAAAAUGAGUGGAAGAGGAAAAGGUGGCAAAGGACUCGGAAAAGGAGGCGCUAAGCGCCACCGUAAGGUGCUCCGUGAUAACAUCCAGGGCAUCACUAAGCCAGCUAUCCGCCGCCUGGCUCGCCGUGGUGGCGUCAAGCGUAUUUCUGGUCUGAUCUAUGAGGAGACCCGUGGUGUGCUGAAGGUGUUCCUGGAGAACGUUAUCCGCGACGCCGUCACCUACACUGAGCACGCCAAGAGGAAGACCGUGACCGCCAUGGAUGUGGUGUACGCUCUGAAGAGGCAGGGCCGCACUCUUCUUUUCAGCGGCUACAACUGAUGAUGGCGACACCAGCAAUUCGCCCCUGCACCUCGUCAGCAGGCCGGGUGACAAGUAUGGUCUUCACCAAACCUCAUCAGGAGCUGCUCAGCCGAGUCGCUGCCUUCACUCACGCGCAGAAGCUUCUUCGAGCAGAGGGUAUCCACGCGCCUUCACGUCAGCAGUGCCCGGUGGUGCUUUCGGUGGCUCGUUACAAACGAUAGCCAAUCAGGAGAGUCUUCAGCAUCAAACUGAUCUGGACUCGGUGUUUAAGAGGCUGGAGGACAUUAACACGUUUGUGAAGAACGAGCUGCAGGAGAUGCAGAAUGAUCUGAAUCCAGAUUAUUCAGAGUGUCAGAGGGAUGAAGAGGAGGUGUUGGACAGUGAGGAAGAGAAGCAGAGAAGGAGCAGCAGAGAGGCAUUUCUGAAACUUGCAGUUAACUUCCUGAGAAUAAUGAAACAGGAGGAGCUGGCUGACUGUCUGCAGAGCAAAAAUCCUGAUCCACUUUGUGAGAAUACAUUUAAAUGUAACCUAAAGAAGAAGUUCCAGUGUGUGUUUGAGGGGAUUGCUAAACCAGGAACCCGAAUCACUCUAAAUGAGAUCUACACAGAGCUCUACAUCUCAGAUGGAGGGACCGGAGAGGUCAACACUGAACAUGAGGUCAGACAGAUUGAAAUGUUUUCCUGGAAACCAAACGGACCAGAAACAUCAAUCAGGUGUGAAGACAUCUUUAAAGCUUCGACUGAAAGAGACAAACCAAUCAGAACAGUUCUGACCAAAGGAGUGGCUGGCAUCGGGAAAACACUCCUGACACAAAAGUUCACUUUGGACUGGGCUGAAGACAAGACCAACUAGAACAUCCAGUUCAUUUUUCCAUUCACAGUCAGAGAGCUGAAUUUACUGAAGGAUAAAAAGUUCAGCUUAGUGGGAUUUAUUCAUCACUUCUUCACUGAAAUCAAAGAAGCAGGAAUCUGUAACUUUAAAAAGUUCAAAGUUGUGUUCAUCUUUGAUGGUCUGGAUGAGUGUCGACUUCCUCUGAACUUCCACAUCACUGAGAUCCUCACUGAUGUUACAGAGUCCACAUCAGUGGAUGUGCUGCUGACAAACCUCAUCAGGGGAAAGUUGCUUCCUUCUGCUCACAUCUGGAUAACCACAUGACCUGCAGCAGCCAAUCAGAUCCCUGCUGAGUAUAUAGACAUGGUUACAGAGGUCAGAGGGUUCACUGACCCACAGAAGGAAGAGUAUUUCAGGAAAAGACUCAGAGACAAGGAAGAGGCCAACACCAUAAUCUCUCACAUCAAGACAUCACGAAGCCUCCACAUCAUGUGUCACAUCCCAAUCUUCUGCUGGAUCACUGUUACAGUUCUAGAGAGUGUGUUAAAAACCAAACAGGCUGGAGGAAAGCUGCCCAAGACACUGACUGAGAUGUACAUUCACUUCCUGGUGGUUCAGACCAAAGUGAAGAACAUCAAGUAUGAUGGAGGAGCUGAGACAGAUCCUCUCUGGAGUCCAGAGAGCAGGAAGAUGAUUGAAGCACUGGGGAAACUGGCUUUUGAGCAGCUGCAGAAAGGAAACCUGAUCUUCUAUGAAUCAGACCUGACAGAGUGUGGAAUUAAUGUCAGAGAAGCCUCAGUGUACUCAGGAGUGUUCACACAGAUCUUUAAAGAGGAGAGAGGGCUGUACCAGGACAAGGUGUACUGUUUUGUCCAUCUGAGCAUUCAGGAGUUUCUAGCUGCUCUUCAUGCCCAUUUGACAUUCAUCAACUCUGGUAUCAACCUGCUGGAAGAAGAACAAAUAUCAUCAGUGCAGACUUAUGAGUUUCCAGUAAGACAGUUCUAUCAGAGUGCUGUGGACAAGGCUUUAAAGAGUCCAAAUGGACAUCUGGACUUGUUUCUUCGCUUCUUCCUGGGUCUUUCAAUGCCAGCCAGUUGGGAUUUCCUACAAGAUCUGCCACACAAACCGGAAACAGUUUACAGAUAAAUCAGGAAACAGUUCAGUAUGUUUAAAAAAAAGAUGAAUGAUACUCUCUCUCCAGAGAAAAGCAUCAAUCUGCUCCACCAUUUGAAUGAACUGAAGGAUGACCCAAUAGUGAAGGAGGUCCAACAUCACCUGAGUUCAGGACACCUGUCUAAAGUUAAUCUCUCUCGUGGUCAGUGGUCAGCUCUGCUCUUCAUCUUACUGUCAUCAGAAACAGGUGUGGAUGUGUUUGACUUGAGGAAAUACUCAGUUUCAGAAGAGGCUCUUCUGCAGCUGCUGCCAGUGGUCAAAGCCUGUAAGAAAGCCCAGUUAAGCGGCUGUAACCUCACAGAGAGAAGCUGUGAAGCUCUUUCCUCAAUUUUAAUUUCCCAGUCCUCCAGACUGAGAGAGCUGGACAUGAGUAACAACAACCUCCAGGACUCAGGAGUGAAGCUGCUUUGUGUUGGACUCGGGAGUCCUCACUGUAUGCUGGAAACUCUCAGGCUGUCAGGCUGUCAGAUCACAGGGACAGGCUUCACCUCUCUGGCCACAGCUCUGCGCUCCAAUCCCUCCUAUUUGAAAGAGUUGGACUUGAGCUAUAAUCACCCAGGAGACUCAGAAAUGAAGCUUUUGUCUGCUCUAAAGGAGGAUCCACAUGUGACACUGGACAUACUCUGAUUUCUGUGAUCUGACGCUGGGUCCAAACACAGCACACAGGAAACACAGCAAACUGUCUGACGACAACAAGGAGGUGAGGUACAUGGAAGAAGACCAGCUGUAUCCUGAUCAUGAUCUUAGGUUUGAUCACUGGCCUCAGCUGCUGUGUACCAACAGUCUGAGUGGUCGCUGUUACUGGGAGGUAGAGUGGAGAGGAGAGGUUCAUGUUGCUGUAACUUAUGGAGGAAUCAGACGGAAAGGAGAAGAGGAUGAAAGCAGGUUUGGAAGGACUUGUCAAUCCUGGAGUCUCUACUGCAGUGAUAAAAGGGGUUACUAUGGAAAUCAUGAUUACGUAGGAAGAGCCAUCCCUCUUCUCCCUUCAGCUCAUUCUCACAAAGUAGCAGUGUAUGUGGACUGUUCUGCAGGAACUGUGUCCUUUUAGAGUGUCUCCUCUGACAAACUGAUCCACCUCCUCACCUUCAACACCACCUUCACUGAACCUGUGUAUGCUGGGUUUAGAGUGACGCCUGACUCUAUUAUCCACCUCUGUGCUGACUCAGAAUAAUGAACUUACUGUGGUGUUUCAUACUUUUUCUUAGUUAAAUAUUGUGAAUGUUAAAUAUAUCAGGUAAAUUGUCUCAUACAUUGUACAUAUAUUAGUUUGUUUUGCAGUCCAGAGAUUCUCCUGAAAACAUGUCUUUCAUCAUCUUAUUGUCUUUGGUGCCUAUUUUUUAAGAGCAGUUAUCAGUUUCUAUUAAUAUAUUGCAUUACAAAUACCUACAGGAAUUCGCUUUAAAAUCUGUUGCAUUACUAUAAUCAAACAUUACAUUUGUUCCAUUAUAUACAUUUUAAUCAUGUUUAGACUGAUGGAUGAAAUCUUUGGAACAGAAAAUUAAGACAUUUUAGACAUUGUUGUGUUACGCUCUUUGAGGAGGAGAGCUGCAGGCUUUAAAUAUUUUGGGUUUAGGCUUCUUUAAUUUUUUUACAUUGCAUAGCUAUACAUUUGUGUUUCUCUCUGCUGUUAUGCAAAUUAAGGAACAAUUCACUACAAGUAAUUCGUGGAAAAAGGCGAUAUCACCACCAUGUGACCAGUUUUCACAAUUUAUCCAGAUGGUUCUGGAUUCAUAAACACUUUAUUCGUCUUUGUCGAUCCAAAUGUAGCUUCAAAAACUUAGAAAUAAUAUAAGUGCAGUUUAUGGAGGUUGUAACUGGAAGCUUUGGAGACGUCUCUCUUCAUUUCAUAUUCAGUAAAAACAGUGACUUAUAGAUGACCUUUAGUCUGUUUCUUGACUGAUCUAAGGAGCUUCGAAAGAAAAGCGUCUGGACUUCUUCAAGUUAACUUAAAGAAGUCCAGACGCUUUUCUUUCCAAGCUCCUUAGACUACGAUGACCUGGAUGACUGAGAACCUUCACAGACAUAUUUCUCGACUGAUCAGAAACUGUUUUACAAUCUCAGAGUUGGAUUUUUUUUUUUUUUUUUUUUUUUUUUUUUGGAGGGGGGGUUUCUAUGUAAAAAAAAAAAUAGUCCUGAAUUGUAACAGAAAAGGGAAGGUGACGAAAAAAGAAAUACGAUGUAAACAGUGGGAUUUUUUUCUUGUUGACUUGUUGCAUAUGAAACAAACACUGAGACAGUGUCAGUGUAUAAGGUGUGUUGACUUCUCCCAUGUAUAUAUGUGUGUAAUUAACUUUAAACCUUUGUCAGUUUAAAUAUUCUCCAAUUGAAUUUAAAAACAGCUGUUUUUUUUUAAAUAAAUGAAAAACGGCUGUUCAUCUGUUACUGUGUUGCAAUGUUUAUAUAAAACAAAAUGAAACUGUUUAUAUCUGGAUAAACUGUACAGACAGUUCAGAGAGUUAAAAACAAAGAGGAGGAACAGAGGAAAAAACAGACAGCAAGAUGUUUUUAAAGUGUCUUUGUAAACAUUUAUACAACAGGUGUAUUUAUAGCAUACAGGUGUGUUAUGCUGCAGGUUAGUCAAGUGGA